AUGAACGGCGGCGUUUCCAAGGCGCAGACGCGCCAGUUUCAUCGAAAGCUAUCCAACGCCUCGGAAGGAAAGCUUGGAAACUCCCUGAGUACAGGACUGAGCUUCAGAGAACAGCCUCCAGAGCAAGGAGAUAUUGCACGAGACACACCCGUGUACAAGAAAAGGCAGCGCGGCGCGUCUUCCGUGGUCGACCGACUGACUGGGACGGACACGCAACGGCCUGGAGCUGAGGACGAGAAAGUACUGUACACCUCAUCCCCUGACCUCAAGCUCAACGGGCCAAGGCAGGUCUCUCCAGCCACGCAGUUGCGGGAACGGCAGAUCGGCAGCGAUGGUGACCGCGAAGACAACGGACGUCAGAUCAAGCGGGCGCGGUUGACACGGAAAAACUUGGCCCUGUUCGACAAGAUGGGGAAGAAGAAGGGACCCAAUAAGGCGUCGGCGUCUGCUCCGCCAGAAUCCACGAAAGUCAGGACUUUUACCACAGACGGCACUAGUCUCAACUUCUACACGCACUAUGCCGUCCCGUCGGAGGACGGGACCAUCAAAUACCACCAGUAUCAGUACGCAUCGACAAACGUGAAGAAUACUCACCAGGGACAUAAAGACGGCCGAAGACAGCUCAGGAACGAACAGCAACACGUAAGGGAGCAGUCGUAUGCCCUAAAGGAUCAAUUAAAGGAGCACGGGAAGCAGCGUCGCAGUGCCCUCGGACCCAUCUCCGACGAGCCUCCCCUGCUCGUUUCAGACAUGGAGCCGCUGGUUGCGACAAAUACGUACGGAGAUGAAGACGAAAAUGAAGCCGACUACGAGAUGGUCGAGCAGCCCUAUCAGCCCACGCCCCCGGCGUCGUCUAGACCAGAAUAUCAACCCAACCAUGGCAAAGAGUCAAGCUCCCACUCUACCUCGCCGAGGUCGCUGCCACCCGGGAAUGACGGCGAUUGCGGCGGUGGUGGCGGCAACAGUGCCCAGAAACGAAAGGCCUCAUUACCGCAAGGAUCCUCCCACGAGUCCUCCAGGCAACGGUUCAAGGAAUAG